AUGCCUCGCCUGUCAGCGUACGAAGAAGCUUUCGAUGAGGAUGAUGAGGAAGAGGUCGGGGACACGGAGGAGGGAGAUAUUAUAGCCCGAUUGCAAGCCUCGCAGCGAGGUGCCCUGUAUGAGGAUGUAUCUUUUCCAGCGAAGCGAUCGAGUCUCUACCGGAACAUCAAGUCGGUUCCCGAAUACGAUGCCGACGUGUCAGAAGUCAAGUGGCUAUACCCGCAAGAGAUUUGCCAAGAACCUGCCUACUUCAGCGAUGACCCCGGCAGUGGUUGCCUCAAAAAAGGGAGGUUGGAUGACACUUGGCUGCUCGGAGCCCUCGGCGUUCUGGCUUCACACCCUGGUAUAUUAAUUGAGAACCUCUUCGCGUCGGAGCCUGAUGAUUUUGUGCGGUAUGGGGUCUACACAUGCAGAUUCUACAAGAACGGCGAGUGGCAAGAGGUGGUCACUGACACGCGGAUCCCCUGCGCCCACAACUCAAAGAACAAGGGGGAUGAUAUCCUUCUUGGGCAAAAAGUUCCUGGCAAUCCGACGCCAAUGUACGGCCAUGGCCUCAACCUCAACGAGCAGUGGGUGUCCAUGCUUGAAAAGGCUUAUGCUAAACUUCAUGGCUCGUACGAGUCUAUCAACGGCGGGAGCGUGGGAGAGGCACUCGUAGACCUUACCGGCGGGUGCUGCGAGAAGAUGUCGCUCACAAGUGAGAGAAUCAAGCCGAUGAUGGAAGACGGCUCUCUAUGGGAAACUUUACGCUCGCAUGUCUCUCCAGAAUACGUGGUGGCCUGCGUGCAGGAGUGUUCUGGGUUCCGUCUCGUGCGAAUGCGCAACCCGUGGUCUCAUGGAGAAUGGAAGGGUGACUGGUCAGACGCGUCAACAUUGUGGGAAGACUACCCGGAGGUUUAUUCCGAGGUUUCAUCCGACACAAAUACCCCAUGGCGGCGAGACAGCAACGACGGCACGUUUUGGAUGGUUUUCUCUGACUUCGUGGGCUUGUUCACCAAAGUAUACCAGUGUCGGGUCUUUCCCGACGAAGACUAUCGUCAGUACUGCAUACAUGGGGAGUGGUCGGGCAAAACGGCUGGCGGAUCCGCGAAGCCAAUGAGACGGGGAUCUGUAUCAAGGUUGCAAAAGGAUGGGCAGGACAAGAUGAAAGAUUCUUUGCGUCGGGAAAGUGUGGUGGAUAUUCAAGACGACGGUGACCCGUAUUGGUUCAACAACCCGCAGUACCGGCUAACAGCGGACGAGACCGUUGAGGUUUACAUCAGCUUGAUGCAGCAGGACAGGAGAUCGGCAAAUCACUUGCGGGAAAACUACCGUGUUGGCUUCGAAGUGGUGCAAACAAAGCGCCAUACGACGCACAAAAGGAUAUGGGAGCAGAAACAAGAUGAUGUCAUCGCAGAUUCGCAUGAAAACACAUUUGGCAGCACACGCAGCGAGAGGGAGGUCACUCGGGCAAGCGUCAAGCUCGACCCAAGGUACGCAUACAACAUCGUGCCCCAUCCGAUGGAGCAGAAUCGUGAAGGGAAGUUUACGUUGCGAAUUUUCAGCAGGAAGGACGUGUGCGUGGAGCCGGUCACCGAAACGUUCACCUCGUACCUCCACGGAUCGUGGGAUCGUACGUCUGACCGGGAUACUGCCGGAGGUCCUCUUCGAUUGGUGGAUGAAAACAAAGGGGUAAAGAACAACCCCAAAUGGUGUCAAAACCCUCAGUACCUCCUCAACAUACCGGCCAGGUGCGAUGAAUUGCAUAAGCGCGGCGCCCUUGUCCUACCUCGAGGUAAAGCGGGCCACGUCGGUGGUCUCGUCGAAAACCCUAAACCUGCUGGCAGUUAG